UGCAUUUGUCGAGUUGUGUGUUGCGUGCUUUUAUUUUUUUAUAAAAUUUUACUUUGUUUUUCUGGUUUAAUUCUACGUUCGCGCAGCAACUGUUAUUUUGAUCUCAAAAUUAAGCAAAUUUUGCCUCGCUUUUAUUAAAUAAUUCGUAAUAUAAGGCAUAUUUAUAUAUAUACUUUAAGAGUGAUUCAUUAAGGAAUAGCAUAAUAUAAUCUUAACUGAUAAUACAAAAUAUAAGCAUUAAUCAUCUAAAAGUUUUUAGCCAAUACCCGCUUGGGUAAAUACUGACUUGUAUUUACUUCACCGUUAUAAUCAACAUCUAAAAUGGGUCAAACAUUAUCAGAACCAGUGACUGCAAAGGAAUCCUCAUAUUGUCAGAACAGUCAAUAUAGAGUUGGUUCUAGUUGUAUGCAGGGAUGGCGAAUUAAUAUGGAAGAUUCACACACACAUAUAUUAUCUUUACCAGAUGAUCCAGGUACUUCGUUCUUUGCAGUUUAUGACGGUCAUGGUGGGGCAACGGUGGCACAAUAUGCUGGAAAACAUUUACAUAAAUUUAUAUUAAAGCGUCCCGAAUAUAAAGAUAAUGUGGAAUUAGCAUUAAAACAAGCUUUUCUUGAUAUUGAUUAUGAAAUGUUGUAUAACGAGUCUUGGGGUGAUCAGAUGGCUGGUUCCACUGCUGUCGUUGUACUCAUUAAAGAUAAUUAUUUGUACUGUGCAAAUGCUGGAGACUCGCGUGCUGUUGCUUGUAUCAACGGAGAGGUGGAGAUCUUAUCAAUGGACCAUAAACCAAAUAAUGAGAAUGAGACAAAACGUAUCACAAAAGCUGGCGGUUGGGUAGAAUUCAAUCGUGUGAAUGGUAAUUUAGCACUUUCCCGUGCCCUUGGAGACUUCGUUUUCAAACGCAAUUCUGCAAAAAAGCCUGAAGAACAAAUCGUUACAGCCUAUCCGGAUGUUGAAAAACGUAAAAUAACCGAAGAUUGGGAAUUCAUUAUAAUAGCUUGUGAUGGUAUCUGGGAUGUUAUGAGCAAUAAGGAAGUUAUCGAUUUUUGUCGUAAGCGUAUUGGAGCUGGCAUGCAACCGGAAGAGAUUUGCGAAGAGUUGAUGAAUCUCUGUUUAGCACCAGAUUGCCAGAUGGGUGGACUUGGCGGCGAUAAUAUGACCGUAGUAUUAGUCUGUUUCCUACAUAAUAAGGCAUAUGAACAAUUGAUUUCGCGUUGUACUGUCCCAAAAUCAAAUCCAUCUACACCGACCCCCACCACAACAAAUGAGAUCGCACUGACGCCUGAUGUUAUAGAAAAUUGUCGCAAUUCUUAAUAACAUUCACACUCACUAAGUCUGUGAAUCGUUAUUUUAUUUAAGAGAAGUGACUGCAUAUAAUGCUCUAAGGGAAGUCAAAAACAAAUUAUAUGCCCAAUUCGAUAUAAAAUUGGGCUUUUAUUUUUUAUGAUUUUUACUUAUACGUUACUUAAUAUUCGUGUUUGUUCAAAAAGCUGGUUAUUUAGCACUUCCCUAUUUUAAUUAUAAAAAAAAUCAAAGAACUAUUGUAAAACAAAUAGAAAAGUCCUAAAUUUAACUGUAACGA